AUGUCUGAUACUCUCGAGCCUACUCUCCAAAACAUUAUUGAUCAAAAGUCUUUGCGAUGGAUCUUUGUCGGUGGCAAAGGUGGUGUCGGUAAGACCACCAACUCUUGUUCUCUUGCUGUCCAGCUUGCCCAGCAUCGCGAAAGUGUUUUGUUGAUUUCCACGGAUCCCGCCCAUAAUCUUAGUGAUGCUUUCGACCAAAAGUUUGGCAAGGACCCCCGUGCCGUUGAAGGCAUUCCCAAUCUUUUCUGCAUGGAAAUCGAUCCUAAUGGAGCAAUGCAAGAACUGAUUGAACAAAAUGCUGGCAACGCUUCAACAGGAAACCCCAUCAACGGUCUGAUGCAAGACAUUGCUUAUUCUAUCCCCGGUGUUGACGAGGCCAUGUCGUUUGCCGAAGUCAUGAAGCAAGUCAAGUCUACUUCUUUCUCUACCAUUGUUUUUGAUACCGCUCCUACCGGCCACACCCUCCGUUUCCUUUCAUUCCCCUCUGUUCUUGAAAAGGCUCUGGGGAAGAUUUCUGAGAUUUCCGGCAUGUAUGGUCCCAUGCUUAACACAUUGAUGGGCUCUGCUGGUGCAAACACAAACAUUAAUGAUCUUAUGGCCAAGCUGAAUGAAACCCGUGAAACCAUUGCUGAGGUUAACUCGCAGUUUAAGAACCCUGAUCUUACUACUUUUGUUUGCGUCUGUAUCGCUGAGUUUUUGUCUCUUUACGAGACUGAAAGAAUGAUUCAGGAGCUUACUAGUUACGAAAUCGACACUCAUUGCAUUGUCGUUAACCAGCUGCUGUACCCCAAGAAGGAUUCUAAUUGCGAACAGUGCAACGCUAGACACAAAAUACAGCAAAAGUACCUGGAACAGAUAUUAGAGCUUUAUGAAGACUUCCAUAUCGUUAAGCUGCCCCAGCUUACAAGUGAAGUUAGAGGUGCUGCUGCCUUGAAAGAAUUUUCCAAGAUGCUCAUUACUCCUUACGUUCCUAAGGAUCAAUAA